CGGUUUGAUAGUCAGUGAAAACAUUCAUCGUCAUUUCGGACGGUAUUUCGGACUCAUUGCAAGAUAAGACCAGACAGUUUAAAAACAUUUCCGCUGAUGCGACGGCCAUUACAAUUACUAAAGCGUUUCUCUCAAAGAAUGUUCCCGAACAAACCCACACAGAAAAAAAUGAUAUCUCAACAGUAAUGUGGACACAUUGAAGUUCUCAUAUUUAAGGUGUUGGGCAACAAAUCGAACCAGAUAAAUAUAAAUAAAAAGUCGUCAUGGAUGACAACACAUUGGGAAACCAAAGCUUUCCCACAAAUGCUUCACUACGAGAAAACAGCACCGCUAACAUUGGAGACUCCCUUAUCGUGGUAAAAUUAGCGUGUCUAGGUACAAUUAGCCUAAUUGGCGUCAUCGGUAAUGUACUGAUCUGUGCAACGUUAAUGGGUCACCGUCGGAAAUCCAGUGAGAUGUUUAUAUUGAAUCUAGCCAUCACAGAUUUACUCGUUUGUGGAGUCGGUAUCCCACUCGAUAUUUAUAACGAACUUCAUAUAAUAUUCCCCUAUGGUCCCAUGCUUUGCAAAAUCAUCUGGCCAUCCCAGACUUUACUUGUACUGGUCUCCUCGAUGACCCUAACAGCAAUGGCAUUGGAAAGGUACCGGGCAAUAAUCACGCCGCUCAAACCCAAACUGAAAAAACAGCACAUAGUGAAAAGUAUUGUUAUCAUUUGGCUGCUUGGGUUAGCUGUGGUUUCGCCAUACAUAAAAGCCUUGAAAUAUGAAGAUGGCAUUUGCGAUGAAGUAUGGCCACGGCUGAGGGACCCGGAUUAUUAUACGCUAGCCUUGUUCAUCAUCGAUUACUGCAUACCCUUAUCCAUAAUUACCUACUGUUAUACGCGUGUGGGAAUCAAGCUGUACAAAAGUACACUGAAGUUCGGCGCAUGUCAACGGCGAAAGAACAGCGUAAGCUUUGAUGCACAACAAAACCGCCUCAAACGCAACACACGUAUCAUAAAAGUCUUCAUCUUUGCUGUGGUAAUGUUUGUCAUUUGCAUGCUGCCUGGUGAUACGUACUGGCUGUACAAAUCUUGGGGUGAAUCAGAAUUCGAAAACGAGGAACAUUUUAAUACCUUCGCAAACAUUCUCGUGUACUCGAACAGUAUGUUAAAUCCCUUUAUAUUUGGCAGUUGUGACAUGCAAUGCAUCCAGGCGUUCUUCCUGCGCUCCAAGCCAAGAAAUGGUUCUUACGCGUUGAGGUUUUCAUUCACUAGUUCGUUUAAACGACGCGGAAGCAAAAGUUCAACAGCGGGUGUUAACCAGUGGAGACGAGUGGCGCGCAGGGUGAAGAACAAAGAGUUGAAAGCAACUGUGGUUUAUGAAACUAACGUGUGACGGUUGCAAGCUAGGAUAAUUUAUAUCAUAUAUAUAUAUAUACAUAUGUAUCAUGCACUAUAUAUAAAUUGUUAAGUAAUAUAAAUUUUAAGCACCUUUGUAGAGCAGUUUGAAAUUGCUAGUAGUUUGAAACAGAUUGACAGACCUUGGGCCAUGCAGUUGUACAGAGGUCGAAAUAGCGCUAUCCACCGGAUCUCGGGUUUUUCAAUCGCUCUAAAAUUGCCCGUGUUUAAAUUAAACCUUCCUAUUCUUGAAGUAAUGUUUCUUUUUAAAAAGAAAACUACUAUCCAUACAGUGCCCGAUAGAUAUCAAGUCUUCGUACAACCGGCCCCUGAUGGUUAGUAUUGUAAGAUAAUUUAUUAUGUCUCAUGGAAAACAAGUUACUACUUGCCGCUUUUAACUCAAAGCAUGCAUAUUAAUAUUCGAAAUAAAUGAUAGGACUGGAUACGGUUAAACUAAUGUCAUUACAUUCAAUCUGAACAUGUAAUAGAAUCAAUUGCAAAACGUUAGUUCUUUUUCAACAUACGAAUUCAUUUUAGGCAAUAACUUUGGUCAGUUAGUAUAAGGAACUUGAAUGAGGAACAUUGAAUGAGGACAACGGAUUAUUAGUUCAUAAAAAACGUAUUAGUUCAAAAAGUAUGGCGGUCCUCUUACAAGUACAGAGGUCGGUUGUAUCAAGCCCGUUUAGCUUAAACCGUUAAGCUCAAAAUAGAAAGCAAGUCUAUCGUUUUAUUCAA